CAAAGUUAUCAGUUAAGAUGAGCAAUUUGGUUAAUUUUGCGCUCAGACACGGCGCCAAUUUCCUGAAAAGACACACAUUGCAAAGCCUACGCUGCUCGUUGACACCGAAAGCCAGUAAAGUGCCGGCUCCUACUGCGCCCAUCAGAUCCAAUUCGACACGAGCUGCCUUUGAUGUGAGCACAAAUGUGCCGAAAGAUAUUGUGCUGUUCAAGUAUGAGAAUCCAAGGUUCUAUCAGAUGCUCAACUUUUUCGGCGUGUGCCAGUUUGUGUUCUGGACAUAUCUGUCGCACUUCGCCUUUACGACGCUCAAAGAUGCGCCAGUUGUCGAGAAGCCUGGCGAGGAGCUGAAAUGGUUUCAGCGCAUAAAUCUGGGCGAGAACAAGUACAAGAAUGGCAUUACAAUAUGCAGCUUUAUGAUUGGCUAUGGCAUUUUGUUUGCCGUUUGGAUGUUUACGCUGCGCUCCGUGCGGUUUCUCAUCCUGCGCAAGGGCGGCCAGAGCGUGUCCUUUGUGACCUACGGUCCGUUCAAUCGAAAUCGUAUUAUGACCGUGCCGCUGAAAUGCAUCUCGGCGCAGGAGUCACGGGAAAUGGCGCGCGUGCAACUGCCCAUUAAAGUUAAGGACAAGACGCUUUACUAUGUGCUGGAUAUGCGCGGCGAGUUCCGCAAUCCCCAACUGUUCGACUAUACCGCGGGCCUCAAGCGACGCAUUUGAUGUGUUUUCAGUUUUGUUUUUUUUUACGGUUUACUUAUUAUUUGUAAAUAUACACAUGUAAGCUAAUUU